AUGUCAGCUUGGAGCAAAAGCAGCUCCAACUUGUCCUACACCAGCUUCCUCCUAGUGGGCUUCCCGGGGCUGCAGGAAACCCGCGCAUUCCUGGUGCUCCCCUUCCUCAGUCUCUACCUGAUGAUUGUCUCUGCCAAUGCCCUGGUCAUCCACACUGUGGUGGCCCAACGGAGCCUGCACCAGCCCAUGUACCAGCUCAUCGCCCUGCUCCUGGCUGUCAACAUCUGUGCCACCACCACCGUGGUGCCCCCCAUGCUGUUCAGCUUCUCCACCCGCUUCAACCGCAUCUCCCUAGCUCACUGUCUGGUCCAGAUGUUCUGCAUCUACUUCCUCAUUGCCUUUGACUGCAGCAUCCUCCUGGUCAUGGCCCUGGAUCGCUAUGUUGCCAUCUGCAACCCACUCCGCUACCCUGAGAUAGUGACAGGCCGGUUGCUGGCUGGCCUGGUGGGGGUGGCAGUUGUCAGGAGUAUAGGCAUUGUUUCUCCAGUGGUGGGGCUGGCCUCCCGGGUUCACUUCUGUCGCUCAGAUAAGAUCCACCACUUUGCCUGUGAGCACAUGGCCCUGAUGAGGCUCUCCUGUGGGGACAUCUCCCUAAACAAGACUGUGGGGCUUACUCUUCGCAUCUUCAACAGAGUCCUGGACAUGCUGCUACUUGGAGUCUCCUACUCUCGCAUCAUCUAUGCCGCAUUUCGAAUUUCAUCAGGCAGAGCACGUUCCAAGGCCCUGAAUACCUGUGGCUCCCAUCUGCUGGUCAUCUUUACCGUCUACUCCUCUACCAUGUCCUCAUCCAUCGUCUACCGUGUGGCCCGCACUGCCUCCCAGGAUGUACACAACUUGCUCAGCGCCUUCUACUUGCUGCUCCCAUGUCUGGUCAACCCCAUCAUCUACGGGGCCAGGACCAAGGAAAUCAGGCAGCACCUGGGAAUUCUGUUCCAAAGGGCAAAGCUGCAGGUCUCUGCUGAAAAGCCCCAGUCCCUGCCCUCACAUAGGGAGCUUCCUGCCUGA